GGACCCUUCCAAAAUAACUUGCACAAAUAGACUACCAGCCACCACCACCAGCCCCAUCCCCAAACACAUCUUUCCCAAUUCCCAUCAUACCCCAAAAAAUCUCUCGUUCAAAAUCUCUCGAUCAACUCAAAAUCUCAUCCAUUCUCUCAAUUCAAUUCACUUCUUUAGGAUCAAAAGCUCAAAUCCCAGCAACCCAAUUUCUCUUUCUUCACCACCCAAAGGCACAAAGCUACCAUGGUGGUGUUUGACAAAGAAGCGAGCUCAUCCUCACAAACGCUCCCGCCUUUUCCUAGAGAAGACACUCCACUUCUAGCCAGACCUCGCAAGCUCUCAUCCCAAGGCAAGACCUUUGCCAACGUCUUCAUAGCCAUAGUGGGUUCAGGCGUGCUGGGUCUCCCGUACACUUUCAAGAAAACCGGAUGGGUCUUCGGCUCACUCAUGCUCUUCUCUGUAGCUUUCUUCACCUACUACUGUAUGAUGCUCCUAAUUCACACUCGCCGGAAGCUCGAUUCUGUCCAUGGCCUCUCAAAGAUCGCAUCUUUUGGCGACCUGGGCUUCGCUGUGUGUGGCCCAAUUGGACGACUCUCAGUUGACAUCAUGAUCGUGCUUGCUCAGGCUGGUUUCUGUGUGAGCUAUCUAAUUUUUAUAUCAAACACUUUGGCUUUUGUUAUCAACUACUCUGGACCAGAUCGAAUUCUGGGCCUUGCCCCAAAAUCCUUGUACCUUUGGGCUUGUUUUCCAUUUCAGCUGGGAUUGAAUUCGAUUCCCACGCUGACCCAUUUGGCCCCUUUGAGCAUUUUCGCUGAUGUUGUUGAUCUUGGAGCUAUGGGGGUUGUGAUGGUGGAGGAUGUUAUGAUUUUUCUGCAAAAUAGGCCAGCUCUGCAGGCUUUUGGAGGCUUCUCUGUUUUCUUCUAUGGUCUUGGUGUGGCCGUAUAUGCCUUUGAAGGAAUUGGAAUGAUAUUACCAUUGGAAUCAGAGGCUAAAGAAAAAGACAAGUUUGGUAAAGUCUUGGCCUUGUGUAUGGCUUUCAUUGCUUUGUUGUAUGGAUCAUUUGGAGUUCUGGGUUACUUUGCUUUUGGUGAAGAGACCAAAGACAUAAUCACCACCAAUUUUGGGCAAGGCUUGGUGAGCACUCUGGUGCAGAUGGGUCUCUGCAUUAACCUCUUUUUCACGUUACCAUUGAUGAUGAACCCUGUUUUCGAAGUGGUGGAGAGAAGGUUCAAUGAUUCUAGGUACUGCCUGUGGCUGAGGUGGGUGAUGGUGUUUGUGGUCAGCUUGGUAGCUCUUUUGGUGCCUAAUUUUGCAGACUUUUUGUCUCUGGUUGGGAGCAGUGUGUGUGUUGCUCUGGGCUUUGUGUUGCCCGCUUUGUUUCAUUUGAUGGCGUUCAAGGAAGAACUGAGUUGGCAUGGGAUGCUUUUGGAUGGGACUAUUGUGGUUCUUGGUGUGGUUAUUGGAGUCUCUGGAACUUGGUCUUCAAUAGCAGCAAUUCUUGCACCCACAGCCUGAUUUUAUUAGGCAGUUGAUCAAUUGUUUUGGUGGGUUGAGUUCUGAUUUUUCAGUCUUGCAACUUCGAUGGUCAAGCUUUUCAACUUCAAUUUGAAAAUCAAUCAAAAUUGUGUUGGAGAUUGGGUGAUAUCAAAUAAGGGUCUAGAAAAAUGUGGAACUUCCUCACUACCCUUGUCCAUUUUCGUGUAGAAAUUGAAUAAUUUGGAAGUACUGAACUUUUUGGCACCUAAGGGCUACAAGCUUACAACUUUAUGAACAUUUCAGGUCUCACUAAGGUUGUACGGACAUCUGUGCCAUGUUGGAAUGAGAAAGAUGUAAUGUAACCCAUGGCUUAUGCAUAAAAUAAGUGAUGCAAAAGCAUGUGAUUGUGCCUAUUUUAAUCUUCUUCAAGAAUCGUUUAUGUACCAAUCGAACUUAAUUCACAAUUGCUUAAGUAACGGUUUGGAUCUUAUUA